CUUCUUUUUCACUGCUGUAAAAAUUUAUACAUACCACUUUUUUAAUUCCUCUUCAUCUCUCUGUAGUUUGUAAAGUUCAUCCUACAGCUUGAUAAGGAGAAAUUAUAAAGGCCAUGAAGUCAAGUAAAUUAAUCCCCACAGGGGGACUCCUGCUGAUCUUACUAUUAUUAUGUGUGUCAAGAUGUAUGGGAGAAUCUCAAGUUUACAUGGCCUACAAGGAUCCGAAAAAGCCUGUUCAUGUUCGAGUUAAGGAUCUUGUCAGUAGAAUGACAGUAGAAGAGAAGAUUGGUCAGAUGGCUCAGAUAGACCGCAGAAAUUUAACAGUUGAGCUGAUGAAAAAGUACUCCAAUUUCUCCCUUGGCAGCAUACUCAGCGGUGGAGGAAGUGUGCCACGGAUGCAGGCCUCUGCAGAGGAGUGGAUUAACAUGGUAAAUGACUAUCAGAAAGCCUGUCUGGGAACCAGGCUUGGGAUUCCUAUGUUUUAUGGGAUUGAUGCUGUUCAUGGCAACAACAAUGUUUAUAAGGCCACCAUUUUUCCUCACAAUGUAGGCCUUGGCUCAACCAGGGAUCCGGAUUUGGUGAGGAGAAUUGGUAUUGCAACGGCUCUUGAAACGAGAGCCACUGGCAUUCAGUAUGCUUUUGCUCCAUGUAUUGCGGUAUGCAGAGAUCCGAGAUGGGGGAGGUGCUAUGAGAGCUAUAGUGAGAAUCCAGACAUUGUACAGCAAAUGACUGAACUCAUCCGUGGUUUACAAGGCCAAAUCCCUGCAAAUCAAGAACUUGGUGUACCUUUUGUUGCUGGAAACAAUAAGGUCAUGGCGUGUGCAAAGCACUACGUUGGAGAUGGAGGCACACAGAAGGGAAUCAAUGAAAACAACACAGUGGUAGAUUGGCAUGACCUCUUAACAAUUCACAUGCCUGGAUACUACUCUGCGGUCAUUAAAGGUGUGUCAACAGUCAUGGCCUCUUAUUCCAGCAUAAAUGGAAUUAAGAUGCAUGCUAAUCGCGAGCUCCUCACUACUUUUCUCAAGGGCACCCUCAGGUUCAGAGGUUUUAUCAUCUCGGACUGGAAGGGCAUUGAUAAGAUUGAUUAUCCUGUCCACAGAAACUACACUGAUGAACUUCACCGAUCAAUUCAAGCUGGAGUUGACAUGAUCAUGGUUCCCUUAAACUAUACGGAAUUCCUCAAUGAUAUGAGCCUCUUGGUGAAAGGCAAAUUCAUUCCUAUGGAUCGUAUUGAUGAUGCUGUCAAAAGAAUUCUGAGGGUCAAGUUUACCAUGGGACUCUUCGAAAAUCCAAUUGCAGAUCAAAGCUUUGUCAAGUAUCUAGGCUGCAAGGAGCACAGAGAAUUGGCAAGAGAGGCAGUGAGGAAAUCACUUGUGCUACUGAAGAAUGGAAAAGCUGCUGAUACACCUUUACUUCCACUGCCUAAAAAGUCCAAGAGAGUUCUGGUUGCUGGCAGUCAUGCUAACAAUUUAGGUUACCAGUGCGGCGGUUGGACUAUUAAGUGGCAGGGAGUGAGUGGCAACAAUGUGACUGAUGGAAUGACAAUACUAAACGCUGUAAUGGCCACAGUCGAUCCAACUACAGAGGUGGACUACAUUGAGGAUCCUGAAACAGAAUACGUAAAGAUGAACAACUAUUCAUAUGCAAUAGUGGCUGUUGGAGAACCACCAUAUGCAGAAAGUGCUGGAGACAAUCUCAACUUGACCAUUCCUGCAGAGGGUAGAAGAGCAAUUAGCAACGUGUGUGGCGAUGUCAGAUGUGUGGUUGUGCUGAUCUCAGGCAGGCCUCUGGUAAUCGAGCCUUACCUUCCACAGAUGGAUGCCCUUGUUGCAGCAUGGCUACCAGGGACUGAAGGGCAAGGGGUGGCUGAUGUUCUGUAUGGUGAUUACGCGUUCAGUGCCAAGUCUUCACGGACUUGGUUUAGGACAGUUGAUCAGCUUCCAAUGAAUGUUGGGGAUUCACAUUAUGAUCCACUCUUCCCCUUUGGUUAUGGACUCACUACUUGAGCUUUUUAUGAUAAUAAGUGUUGUUGCUCAAAGAGUGAAAGCUGUUUGUAUGAUGUACCCCAUUUUC